CAUUUACAAGACCCAAGAUCACGGUAUUGCUCUCACAUAAACAUAUCGGAUGUUAUACAAGUAAAGCCGCGGGAUUAUCGCAGUAUGGACGGAUGUUGGAUGGUAGAUCAGCCGCAUAAACACCGCUGGUGUCAGAAGGGUUGCAGCCAUGACGGAAUGUGCUAGCUAGCGGUCAAGACAAAAAACAAGGGACAGGAACAAAUGUCUUGGGACUUGGAACAUGAGAGAAUGGCGCCGAUCUUGCAAAUCGACAUAUCAGCCGAAACGACGAUCAGUUGCCAUUAGUUGAAUGGUGUGUUUAGUUUGAAGAAACACCACCAACAAAAAUAUGUUGCCACAUACAAAUCAUUCUCACUAUUUCAUGUUCAAGUUGAGAUGAGGAGUAAAUACUGGUAGAUUAGUCCUUAGGUAGCUUGGUUUUCAUAUCCACGACAACGAGAUUGAAAGAGAUGGGGGAGACCAGGAGAGUGGAUCUUGAUCCCCCGUGGCUGUGUUAACGGUGCCUGGGGUGAUUGAUGUUGACGGGAUCCAAUCCAGGCUGCAGAUGACUUACAAGGUUCUUUAAUAGCCAGUAACAAGCACUCAAAGCCUUUAAAGCAUCCGAACAAUAUUGAAAUCGGAUCAGCUGAUUCAACAUCAAGUUACUGAACCUGUUUUCUACAGAACAGAGGAAGAGUCAACGCUUGAAGACCACAAGUUUCAUGUUGAAGAGACAUGAGUCGAGAUAUAACUCGUUACCCACUGUUCGACUUCUGAGGCAAACUUAGAAUGAGACGGGCACUGAUUGAUGCUUCAUGACAAGGAUGACAUUGAAUAGGGAGAUCGUAUUGAAUCAUGGAGAAAGCCUGGGCUAUAAUGCUGUACGGAGUUCCGUACUGCACUGUAAAGUUGGCUGCUCUCUCAUGUUAGCAACCCCUUGGCGAGAUAAGGAGGAUGAUUAUGGCCACAGAUCGUCAAAUCUGACAACACCACAACCGACCGGCACUUCUAAUGGCAUCUUAAAUUGUGUCAAUGGGGUGUAUCUUUUCUCUGACCCGUACCGUACCUCUCAAAAUACAAGAGCUAGACGCCAAUAUUGCAAGCCACCGAUAAAUAGUAGCAGCGGCAUCAGACGGACGGGAGACGGGUUUCCAGGGCUGUCUGCCAAGCCUCAAGCCAAGCCCAUCUGGCGUGGGACCUAUGCCACGCAAACCCUCUCCUUUCAGCGGUCCACACAGCCCAGUCGCCUUGCUUCAGUGGGUGGAGUGCACUGAAAGAUAGCCCUGAAUACGUUGUGCCCAGUAAAACAGAGCCUGAGGUGUCACGCCGUCCACCAAUCCUCACAUCCCAUAUCAGCCGGGAUCCCGGGUGCGUCCCCCCUCCCCAUCCUUUAUCCCAUUGGGUAAGGUACCAUCUCCUUCCCCCUUCUUCCUUACAGGACACACAGAGAGACGCCUCAUUUCCAGUUUUAGGUACAGGCCAGGCCAGGCAGGAAGGAGCUGCUGCAACUACUGAAAGAACAAGCCCAGGCCCCCGUCAAUUUUUCCCACCCGGAUUUCUCCCAGCCUCACCACCACCACCAUCAACCAACACUAGGUACACUACACCAUCCAUCCUCCGUCUCUCUUCUCCGUCUCCGUCGCCCACCUCACCUCACCUCACACCCAGAAUUCGAUCUAAUUCGACAGCACAUUAAUUGGGAAUUCGAUACACGAAAUCGCUUCCCAUCGCAAUCAUCUUCAUACAACUCCCGUAGCCCUUUUAAUCUACAGCUUCAACUUCGCCUGGGCUUUCGCUCUCCCCCCUCGACUUUUCACCCCAGCGUGGUGUCCCUGCCCUGCCCAUUGGUCGACCCGCCAAGCAUCCCCCCGUGCGCCCAGCCCGCAAGGCCCUCGAACCAAUUUCCCUCUCUCUCGUCUCUACCGCCCAUUGUCCACCAGCAACGUUAAUACUCAUCCCAGAGUUAGUGAGAGCGAGCCACUGCGACAGGAAGCCAAGUGAUUGCAGAGCCCGACGACGUCUCGACGAUAUUAUCACAUCCACAACCCCCGAUUUAGGCUCGAAAUAGCGUCACUUCACCUAGUAGCAUCUACCGCGUCAGCACUCGCUGGUCUUGGCCUCCAGCGAGCUCUUCACAUUCCCGCUCGACAUGCCAUCGUUUCUCUCCGAUCAGGACAAUUCCACAAUCUUUAGCAAUAACCCCGAUAUCCUCAACCUUGAUCCCACGAACCAGUUCGGCUUCGUAAACAAGGAGAGGGUGAAUGGGGGUUCUAUCCGCCACGCCCGAUCCGAUAUGAUCAAUGAGAGCUUUGACGAGAGCUCAAUUUCCUCUACGCACGCGUCCGACGUCUCCGACUCAACACCGGCGCCUAUGAAUGGCAACAGUAACAGCACGCGGCCCACGAGCAUGAGCUCUAAUUCCAACGGCAUGUCCGCCACGGCUACUCACACCCAACAAGACGAUGUAAAUGGAGUCGGCAAGUUUGGGCAGCAGCCCAUGCCUAAUGGCACAGCGAACCUAGUCGACCGCACACGCCAACACUCAUCCGAUACCAAUGGCAUCAAUUCCAACACAGCCUCUACCAAUAAUCAUCAACAAAACAACAUACUAUCAAAGCCCUUACCUUCGGAACCCCAAACGACAGAGGGGACCUCUGAGAAACCCCCAAGCAGGAGCUUUGAUGGAAACCACACACUCUCACUUUCUCCAUUCCCUGUAGAGCCGCGCGGUUCUCAGUCACAAACUGCUCUCUCGGCGAAUAAUAAUACGAACACCGACGCAGCGCAGGCACUGCACCCUCGCACAAAUGGUGCUCAUCGAUUGUCAUCACCACCAAUCUAUAACCCGUCAAGCGCAGCAGCCUCAUCCACAGGACACUUACAAGCACCCCCUGGUCUCAAGCAACGACAUACCCUCGAUGUACCAAAAUACGUGCCUGGGCGCGGUUCAAAAGACGGAAUGGAUACAGCUCAAGCUAGUGGUCGCUUCUCCCCUACUAAUGCUGGAAGCUCAAGUGGCCGACGACCCUCGUUGAGUAUGGGUAGAAGGCCAACUCGAUCAAUGCAGUCAGAUGGACCACGGGAUGAGAUUGUACCAGAUGAGGAUGCUCUUCGUUGGGCAGAGGCAUUGCGACAAAAGAGAGCUAGCAAGAGGAGGAGAAAGGAGGAGGAGGAUGACGAUCGUGUUCUUGUUGGUACCAAGGUUGACGAGAAUCACGCCAACUGGGAGACGGCCUACAACAUGCUUACAGGUAUUCGUGUUUCGGUUUCGAGGACGAAUGCCAAGCUCGACCGAGAGUUGACAGAUGCCGAUUUUGAGACUAAGCAGAAGUCGACAUUUGACAUCGCCGGUAACGAGCUGGUGCCGUCUGCCAAGUAUGAUUUCAAGUUCAAGGACUACGCUCCUUGGGUUUUUCGUCGCCUCCGAGCUCUCUUCCGCCUGGACCCUGCCGAUUAUCUGAUGUCGCUCACGGGCAAGUAUAUUCUUUCUGAGCUGGGAUCUCCUGGCAAGAGCGGAAGUUUCUUUUACUUCUCACGGGAUUACAAGUACAUCAUCAAGACCAUUCACCAUGCUGAGCAUAAGUUUCUUCGCAAGAUCCUUAAAGAAUACUACCAGCAUGUUAAAGACAACCCAAACAUGCUUCUCUCACAGUUUUACGGCCUCCAUCGAGUCAAGAUGCCAUAUGGAAAAAAGAUUCACUUUGUUGUGAUGAACAACCUCUUUCCCCCACACCGAGAUAUUCACACCACUUUCGAUCUGAAGGGCUCUACUAUUGGUCGAGACUACAGGGAAGAGGAUUUGGAGAAAAAUCCCAGGGCGACCUUGAAGGAUCUCAACUGGCUGAGGCGACAGCGGAGCCUCGAGUUGGGCAUUCAGAAGAAGCGCAUGUUCCUUGAGCAACUACAACGGGAUGUUGCUCUCCUGAAGAGACUUAAGAUCAUGGACUACUCACUACUGGUUGGCAUACAUGAUGUCUCUCGAGGGAAUGAAGAGAACCUUCGUGACAAGACACUACAAGUGUUCAACCCUGGUGGUGAGAAGUCUCCCGACGACGAGCCCAACUCGGUCCUCCUUCGCACACCAUCCAAAUUAGAAAACCAACGUAAGGCUAGGGAACUGAGACAGAUGAUUCGCCAGGAGCGACCAGUACCCAUGGGCCAGUCAGCUAACAAGAUGCCUGAUGAGUUACAAGAAGGCCAACAUCGACCUGGAUGGGUAUUUGGACAGGAUGACGGUGGUUUUAGGGCGACCCAUGAAGAUAACACUCCAGGGGAUGAAAUUUACUAUCUCGGAGUCAUCGACUGCCUCACUCAUUAUGGAAUCGUCAAAAAGAUCGAGCACUUCUGGAAGGGCUUAUCCAGUGACAAGACCCAAAUCUCAGCACUACCACCUGACCAGUAUGGUGACCGGUUCUACCAUUUCAUCGAAGGUGUCACCAUGUCCACCGAAGAGGCUCACAGGGAAGCCGAAAGGAGACACCAGGAAAUGAUUGAAUCUCAACGUUCAGAAAACAGGGUGUCAAGCUGGAAUUCUCGCCGGAGGUCUUCUCAGGCCGUUCCACCGAUGCCAACCCAUGUGCCACCUCCACCACCUGGCCCACGAUCUCCGGAAGCUCAGGAAACACUCGAACGGGCUAACAAGGAGGCCGAGCGCUCUGAGAGGCAUGGACAUACCGAGAACCAGGUUCCAGACCGAGUCUUGACUACCGGCACUUCUAGGGACAACCGCGAUUCUUUGCAGCAUGAGCCUAUCUUGCCGGUGGUGCAGGAGGUCGGUGAAAAUGGCCGCGACGACACCGAGGCCAAGCCUCCGAAAACCUCUCAAGACCUCAACAAGAGCCUACCUCCGACGAGAGCACCGCCCCCAACUCCUCCCAAGUCAGGAUAUGCUGGACCCGGAAGCGCAGAUAGUGGCUAUGCAGGUCUGAGCAAUGGUACAGGUCCCGUCAAUCAAGGACAGAGAGUGAGCAUCGAUAGUCUCAACAAGGAGCUGCCUCCAUUACCAAGGAAGGAUGGGACAGACGACAAUGGAGUACGACUGGUAGCUUAGGUUGCGGCCAAGGUCAAACCAAGGAGUCACCUGCAGGUUUGUCGAGGAGGACAACGAUGGAUUCACGAUUAAGAAAGCGAACGACGCAGAUACAUACACAAGGUUGACGAGCGACGGAACCAUCGCCAACCACCAAUGAUGCAUUAGAAAAGCGAGACACCUGGCGACACCCCUUUAUUCACAUUUCUAUCACACUCUUGAGCUGGACCAUUCCUUGACCAGCCUUGCAUUAUUUCCUUAUUGUUAUUCUGUCAAUCAACAUCUUUGGCAUACUGGACUCGGCCUCGGUCUAUGAAAGCAAGUUUCUAUUUCAGUCACAUUUUCCUUUGUCAGCCACGAAGCAGAGAAGCACUCGGAAAGGUGGUGGUGGGUGGGCGAGCCGUCCGUAUCGCCAGGUUCAAGGGCGGUCGGUGUCUCUGGAGCGAGUGCAGAUAUGGUUCCUUUUAUCAAAAAAAGAAGAAGAUAUGGAUGAUACCACCACGCUUAGCACGCUACGGUCUGUUUUUUAUUCACUUUUUUCCUGGUCGUUAAUCAAUUCUUUGUUGACCGGCCCCCUUUUCACAUGAUAUCUCGUUUUUGUCAUAUACUUAUUGUCCUCUCUUGGGUUUUCAUCAGCUGGCAGGGCUUGCACAGGCAGCGGCUUAGAUAGUAGGAAUAGAUAGAUUUGGUAGGAUAAAGACUUGAGUUGGCUCAUUGGGAGGAAUGGGCGUGGUGUGGUGUGGUGUGGUACAGUGAGUGCAAUUGCAGUUGUGAUUGUAACUUUUGGGGUGUGAGUUGGUGGUAUUGUAGUAUUUUACAGUGAUAUAAUACAAAUAUGUAUAACAAGUACUGGCC